CUUGUUCUUGCCUCGACUCUGUGAAAUCCCACCUCAAUUCCAGACCACAUUUCUAUCUCAAAAAGCAAGACAAUUCCAGUGUAUUCUCCUCAUGAGAACAUGAGAAGCAUGGCAGCGACAUGAGAAUAUGAGAAGCAUGGCAACGACGAUUUUGGGCAGACGAAUUGGCACAGUGUUAAAGGAAGAGCUGAGAAGUAAGGGAGAAUGGUGCGAUUCUUUUAUGGCUGCCGCUUUUCGUGCUAUCGCAGAAAGAAUCCCGUUGGCGAAUCUCGUCGUCGAAGUUAGAGACGCAAGGAUUCCCUUGUCCUCCGAAUGCGAGAUACUCAGAAACUACCCACUUCCCCAGAAACAAAUCAUAGCGCUCAAUAAAAUGGAUCUUGCGGGUGCAUCGAAUGUGAAGGCAUGGGUGGAAUAUUUUAGCGAAAGGAAUUGCAUAUCUUGUGGAGUCAAUGCUCAUAACAAGGAGGACAUCAGACAGCUUCUAAGCCUUAUACAAUGCCAAGUGAGAGAACUCAAGAGAGAUGAUCAAUGUGACAAUAAUUAUACCGCUACAGUAAUGUUAAUUGGGAUUCCAAAUGUUGGUAAGUCGGCAAUUACCAAUGCUUUGCAUCAAGUGGGGAGAAUCAAUGCAGCAGAAAAAGGAAAGCUAAAGCAUGCAACCGUCAGUCCAGAACCAAGAGAUACUAAAGAUAUUCGAAGUUUUAAGAUUGGUAGCCAUCCCAAUAUUUAUGUGUUAGACACUCCAGCUGUUUUAUCUCCAAAGGUUCCCAAUGCUGCUGUUUUAUCUAAAUUAAUUUUAACAGGUACAUUUACUUGAUUUUCCUUUUUCUCCGUUUCUUAGUAUCACAGAUGAAAAUAUUAGUAUAUUACUAUGGACGAGGAGACCCACAAGAAAAUAUUAUGAAUAAAAUCAUUUGAGAGAAAAUUGGGAUUCUCUAAAAUAAGAGUUAAGAUAAAUAAAGUAGACUGUAUUUGAGAGUAAUUUAG